AAGGGAAUUACUGUUCGAUCUGACUUGGUUGGCCUAAUAAUGCGCCGUAAUGAACUUGCAAAUGAUCUUCUCAAGACCACUAUAACUCAACAACUGCCACCAAUGUUACAGAGUCCAAAUAUGUGCAGAGGCUGUCGACACCUCAAUGUCUAUACCGUUUAUCAUAAGGCAUAUGGUGGCACCACAGAAGGUAGCGGUUUGGGCGGUGUGUUUGAUUCACUUGUUAGCCAUCUAACAAAUGUACAUACUAAUUUUCUUCAAAAAUGGGAUCAGUUGAUUGACUUGGAGGCUAAAGAAGUUGAGGUUGCAAAGAAAGAAAUUUGGUGUUCACAAAGUUCAAAGAAUGACCUUUACGCUCUAUCUUCUCUUGUCCUUGAUACGUCAGAACGAACCACACCAACAAACUUUUGCAAAGGAAAUCAAUUUACUUAUCACUUUGUACAUCGAGAUUGGACUUCCUUGGGCACUCAUCAACAGGAUGGAGAUGCUCUUAAUAGUUAUAAUUUUCCUAUGAAAAAGUUUGAAUCCUCACUUAGGAAUGGGGAUUAUGUGAUAUUGAGCACUGAACCUGGUGGUAUACUAAUAGCUACUGGAGUUGUUGUAGAUAUGAGUUGCUCUCGCAUCUCG